GUAAUAUCUCAUUGUGAACUAUCACAAACCCCACCCCGGAGUUCUUCUUCAGCUGGUGCAGUGCUGGUCAACAGCUGGAGGAGAUAAACCCAACUUGAUUUAUACUCAAGUCACAGAGCAGCGUUCCGGAACCACUCGGACGUCGGGUUGUACGCCCCUUCCGAACUAUCGUUUGACACUGAUCCCUGAUCCAACCUCAUCGACUGUCAAGAUGGUUCGUUGGCGAUGGUUAUCCCAAUCCUCGGAAAACAGCGGGGAACUCCACCGUCCCGCAUCCGACCUGGAUUGGAAGACAGAGAAUGUUGAUAUCACGGUAAUCGAAUCUACACCAGUCACCCAGGAUAGCACCGGAGCGGCCAAAAUCCAGGCUGCGGAAGCCGUGGGUGGUAGGAAAGGCAGGUAUCUGCUGUAUGCAGGGCUGGCGAUGAUGAUGGUCAUUUACGAACUAGACAACGCAACAGUCGGAACGUAUCGCAACUUUGCAACUUCGGACUUUGACGCAUUAUCGAAACUGGCCACCUUGAACACAGCUGCGAGCAUCAUCUCCGCCGUCACGAAACCGCCGAUCGCCAAGAUAUCCGAUGUUCUAGGUCGCGGGGAGGCAUACAUUUUCGCCGUGUCCUGUUACAUCUUGUCUUACAUACUUUGCGCCUCGUCCAAGUCCUUCGACACUUACGCGGGCGGCUAUGUCCUUUACUCGGUUGGCCAGGCAGGCACUUCUCUCCUCAACGCCACAAUUGUGUCGGAUCUCUCUUCAAUGCGAUGGAGGGGCUUUGCAUACAACAUCCUGUAUGUUCCCUUCCUCAUCACCCCAUGGGUGUCCGCUUUCAUUGUAGACAGUGUCGUCAACGGAAUUGGUUGGAGAUGGGGCAUCGGCAUGUUUGCCAUAUUGAUGCCCUUUGGUGCCACCUUCAUUAUCACCACCCUCCUCAUCUUCCAGUGGCGGGCAAAGAAGUCAAGCCUGGUUUUGACGGAGCAACUGAGCAUCUAUGAGUUCUGCUCGCGCAUCGAUCUGGGCGGUCUCAUUUUUUUGAGUGGGGGGUUCUCGUUAAUCUUGAUUCCUAUCACCUUGGCAGCCACCGUUGCAGACAGGUGGAAGACGCCUUGGAUAGACGCGCUCAUCGCCGUGGGCGCGGUCAUUUUGGCAUGUCUCUAUCCAUACGAGAAGUACGUUGCGCGACAUCCUGUCGUCCCGGUGCACUACUUUCGGAACCUGUCUGUCUUCAUCCCGGUGGUUCUGGUAUGUGUUGAUAACAUCAGCUUCGGGGCUACACAUACCUACCUAUAUGUCUGGUCGAUGGUUUCCCACAAUUUCAACGCGCGCGAUGCGCAGUUCCUGUACUAUGUGAACGGGGUCAUGCAAGCUUUGGUGGGCAUGGCAACCGGUCUGGUCAUGUAUCGCCUGCGGUCCUACAAGUGGAUCGGAGUGGCGGGGGCGGUCAUUCGCAUGGUCGGAUACGGGGUGAUGGUUCGACUGCGCACGAACAAGAGCUCAGUCGCAGAACUCGUCAUCGUGCAGCUGGUCCAAGGCAUCGGGAGUGGCAUCAUCGAGACAGUUUCUGUGGUGGCCGCUCAGAUUGCAGUUUCUCAUGCGGAGAUGGCCCAGGUCACAUCUCUGGUCAUGCUUGCUGCCUACCUGGGCAAUGGAAUUGGCUCGUCUGUUGCUGGGGGGAUCUAUUCGGGAGAGCUUCGUCAACAGCUACGAUUGCAUCUUGGGCCUGAUGUCAGCCAGACUGAGGUGAAGAAGCUGUACAACUCGAUCACGGGUACGCUGCCAGCUUGGGGGUCACCGGAGCGGAUGGCUAUCGAUAGAGCUUAUUCUGAUGUCAUGGGGCUUAUCACCAUCGCGGCGCUAGCCUUCUCCGCCCCUGUCGUUGUGCUAUCGUUGCUGCUGCCCAAUAAGAAGCUCGGCGACGCACAUAAUCUGAUGCAAGGAAAGCGAAGCGCCUUCUCUUCCGACACGCCAUCAUUGAACGAGGAGAGGACCCCGAAAGCAUGUUGAUAAAUAGCCAUGAUACCAUGAAUGCUCAUAUUAUACAUUAUAUACAGUGCCAAUC